AACUUCCGUAUGAUCAUGAAAAAUCUUAUGGCCUAUGACCAUUAUGGCACAUUGACAGCGUAUACGGUAAAGACGUGUAUUAAUUAUAGUCCAUCUCAAUUUUUAUUAAAUUUUGCAAAGAUGGAACUCAAAUUAAUGGAAAGAAUUCAAAAACUUGGAUAUAAUGGAGAAUUGACAGAUUCUAAAAAGUUUAAAGAGGCCUUGAAACAAGGUCCUAAAUCACCAGAAUAUACAAAGCUUGUAGCAUGGUUAACCGAUGAAAUUGCUGUACUCAAUGAUAUGGAUGAAACUAUCCAUGCAAUUGUAUCACCGGAUGAUUCUAGUUCAUUUCUGUUAGAAUUAAGCUGUUUUCUUAAAGAAUUAGGAUGUGUAAAUGAGAGAUUAAUGACUGGUAAUGUCAAUGAGCGAUUGGUAACUGAACAAGAUAGAUGUAUCUUGUUAGACUUUUUAGGAGCAGAAUUAAAAACCUGCAGAUUAUUAGAAUCCAGAAAGCAUAAAGAUCCCAGUUCAAUGGCUAUUGAUGUUGAUGAAAGUGAUACUGCUAAAGAUUUAAAAGACAUGUUAAUAGCACUAAACUUUGAGAAACCACCUGAUGAUAUUACCGCUCAAAAACUUUUUACAAGAUUGGAAAACAAAUUGACUGAUGUAUUAAAAACAGUUCCUUCGGAGUUGAUAGGUCAACCACUGCUUGUUAAAGACUUUACAGAAGCAGAUUGGAAAAAUCUAGAACAUAUUCAACAAGAACUGCAUGAUGAAUAUAGAAUACGUCGUGAUAUGUUACUGAAAAGACUUGAUGUUACUAUGCAAUCAUUUUUGUGGUCAGAGAGAGUGAAAGCCCAAGAAGCUGAAUUAAAUAAAAGAUAUGAAGAAACUAGGAAAUUUUUAAGUACAGAACCUGAUAUUACAUUUGCUGAUUUACUGGCAGCAAGAGAAGAUAUUGCAUUAAUGGAAAAAACAAGCAGCGCAACUGUUAGAAAAAAUACUCGUAGUGAAAUUAAUAAAGUUAUUAUAGGAUCUGUACCAGAUAGAGGUGGUAGACCAUAUGAACAAGAACCACCACCACCUGAAAUGCCACCAUGGCAAAAAGAUAGAGUACAAGGACCUUCAACUUCUGGUGGUCGAGGAGGUGGUAAUUUCAGAGGUGGUCGUGGAGGAGGAGGAGGAGGCGGAGGAGGUGGAGGUGGAGGUGGAGGUGGAGGUGGUAGUUAUCAGAAUUCUAAUACCAGUUUCUCUCAUGACAAUCGAGGAGGUCGAAGUGGAGGUGGUUUGUAUGGAAAUGUUGGGAGUCAUGGAGACAGUGGAUUUCAGAGUUCAAACUACUCUAAAAGUGGAGGAUAUGGAGGACAAGGUGGGGGAUAUGGAGGAGGACAGGGUGGAGGAUAUGGAGGAGGGCAAAGUGGUGGAUAUGGAGGACAAGGUGGUGGAUAUGGAGGACAGGGUGGUGGAUAUGGAGGAGGACAAGGUGGUGGAUAUGGAGGAGGACAAGGAGGUGGAUAUGGUGGAGGACAAGGAGGUGGAUAUGGUGGACAAGGUGGGGGUUAUGGAGGACAAGGAGGUGGAUAUGGAGGAGGGCAAGGAGGUGGGUACGGUGGAGGACAAGGAGGUGGAUAUGGAGGAGGACAAGGUGGUGGAUAUGGAGGACAAGGAGGUGGAUAUGGAGGAGGACAAGGAGGUGGAUAUGGCGGUCAAGGUGGAGGCUAUGGAAACAGGGGAAAUAAUUACAGUACAGAGAACAGGGAUAGUGGAGGUGGACAACAGUAUCAAAGAGGAGGUGGUAAAGGAAGAGGAGGUAGAGUUCAAGGAGGAUGGAAUCAAGGUUCAGACAAUUAUCAUCGUAAUGAAUAUAACCGCGGUGGAAAUCGAGGUGGACGACAAUAUUAAAUUGCCAUAUGUAAAAUACCGCCCUUAUAUUGCAUCGAUAGUUACACUAAAAAAAAUUUGCUUUAAUUAUAAUUAAUGUCAGUGACUUUCUACAUAACAAAUAGAUAUUUAAUAUUAAUACAUUAUGUUUCCAAAUGUUUUAUGAAGUUAAAUUAAGAACUUUGAUAUUACUUUCGAAACCUGAAUCUAUAUUAUUAAUGAGACUGUAAUAAUCACUAUAUGCCACUUAAUAAUGUUUUACUUGUUCAAUGUUAAUUUUGGCUAUGUAUUUAUACUCGAAUUUUGUAAAUAUGCAUUUUUGUACAA